AUGUUUGCUAAAGCAGGAUUAGAGCCUGAAGAUUAUGCGGAAGAAGAAGAAGAGGAAGAGGCGAAGAGGAGGCAUGAGGACGAUCAAGUGGAGGUCAAGGUUGAGGAGGAGAUCGGUAAAGUAGGGGGAGAAGUGAUGAGCAGCUAUGGAGAUAAGACAAAACAGAAGGGUGGAUCUAUUCAGGAGGGAUACAGCAGUAUAAUCAUUUCAAAAUUGCUCGAAUCAUUCUUGGAAUAUCUGAAGUUUGAGUGCAUGGAGUUCCCUGGAUGGGUUGGUUAUGAGUCAGUCAGUACUUAUAUCACCAAUCUUAAGGGCCUACUCAAGGACGAAGCCGCGAAAACUCGCCUAGAUGAACUCCUACCAUCACAGGCUGUUGAGUUGAUGUUUAAAAGCAUGGAACAAGCUGACAGUCCUCAAGCCCAAGGACGUGGGUGGGAACCGAUGAUGAUUGGCGUUUUCAUGGACGUAUUUCAAUCAGGAUCAGAAAAUAAGAAUCUUUGUAACUGGGAUCACAGCCCAACGAUCCGUUCUAUGUGCGAAGAGCUCGAUGGAGAUACAGAAAUAGUCGGUUUGCGCGAUAACGGCAACCAGGGGAUCACGCAUGAGCAUAUUUCAAUGAAGGAUUUCAUGUCUGCCCAUGUUAACAACAACUCAAGACACGAAGAUAUGACUGUUCCCCCGUUUUACUUCCCGUCAAAUAUGCCUUCAGGGCCGGAUAUAGUCUUUUACAUUCGAAUCCAGGAAAAAAUCUUCCCUGUGUUUAUGCAGCUCAAGCUUCGACAUGCUCUUAUGACUUUUGAAGCUAAUAAGGCCGUGGAUACAGUAUCGGAAAAGAGUAUCAAGACGCAUGUUGGGAACUCAAGAAUUACUGCCCUUGUAAUAUUUUUGUAA